ACACCCCUCCCUUUACGCACGUCAAUACGCUCAAUCAGUGUGCGGACUGCUCCUUCCCUUCCUGACUCCGGACUGCGCUGUGAAGGUGUUGGGCCUCAGACUUCAAACAAAACACCCCACCACAACAUUACAAUGAGUUACCCUGGAUACCCACCACAAGGCGGCGGCUACCCCCCUCAGGCAGGGGGCUACCCUCCCCAGGCCGGCGCCUACCCUCCCCAGCCAGGCGCUUACCCACCCGCAGCCGGAGGCUACCCGCCACAGCCUGGCGCCUACCCACCUCAGGCAGGCGGCUACCCUCCCCAGCCCGGCGGCUACCCUCCCCAGGCAGGGGGCUACCCUCCAGCCUCCGGGGGCUACCCGCCACAGGCUGGGGGAUACCCACCCGCACCUGGCGGCUACCCUCCUCAGCAGCCUCAGGGAGGCUACCCUGCCAUGCCUCCUGGAGGUGGUUGGGGUGGAGCCCCAGGUUAUGGAGCGCCCGGAGGCUCCAUGCCCCAGGGUUACCCGGGGGGCCCUGCCCCAGGACAGCAGCCCAUGCCAGGCUACGGAGGGGGACCUGCCCCUGCCCCUAACCCCUCCAUGCCAGCCUACGGAGGUGGCGCCCCAGCCAGUGGCCCUGCACCAGCCAUAAAUAGAGGAUACCGGGGCUCCAUCAAGGAUUUCCCGGGAGCCGAUCCACUGAGAGAUGUUGAAGUUCUGAGGAAGGCCAUGAAGGGAUUCGGUACGGAUGAGAACGCCAUCAUUGAACUCCUCGGAAGUCGCACCAACAAGCAGAGGGUGCCAAUGGUGGCAGGUUACAAAACUACUUAUGGAAAAGACCUUGUCCAUGACCUGAAGUCUGAGCUCACUGGAAACUUUGAGAGUUUGGUUCUCGCCAUGAUCAAGACUCCAGCACAGUUUGAUGCAUCUGAGCUGAGGGAAGCCAUCAAGGGGGCGGGUACUGACGAGGCGUGUCUCAUCGAGAUCCUGUCAUCUCGCAGCAACGCUGAGAUCAGGGAGAUUAACACAACCUACAAAACAGAGUAUGGCAAGUCUCUGGAGGAUUCUAUCAGUGGUGACACCUCAGGGCAUUUCCGCAGACUGCUGGUCUCCCUCUCUCAGGGUAAUCGAGAUGAGAGGGAGAAUGUUGAUGUCUCUCUUGCCAAGCAGGAUGCCCAGAAACUCCACGCGGCUGGAGAGAACAAAGUGGGAACAGACGAGUCCCAGUUCAACGCCAUUCUGUGUGCCCGCAGCAAGCCACACCUGAGAGCAGUGUUUCAUGAGUAUCAGCAGAUGUGUGGGCGUGAGAUUGAGAAGAGCAUCUGCAGGGAGAUGUCUGGACACCUGGAGGACGGCAUGGUGGCUGUAGUGAAGUGCAUCAAGAACACCGCCAGUUAUUUCGCUGAGAGGCUUCACAAAGCCAUGUCGGGAGCGGGCACUAAGGAUCGCACCCUGAUCCGCAUCAUGGUGACGCGCUCAGAGGUGGACAUGCUGGACAUCCGGCAGGAGUACAUGCGCCUCUAUGGGAAGUCCCUCUACAACGCCAUCUCUGGUGACACCUCCGGUGAUUACAAGAAGCUCCUGCUGAAGCUGUGUGGUGGCAGUGACUAAGAGGACCCCAGAGAUAACGACACAUAACUGGACCGAGUGGCAAUCCGUGUAACCAUGUCAAUCACUUUUAUUGUACUAUCAUGUUAAGCUGACUUACGUUUUUUGCCUUAUACAUGGCCAACAACAUUUCAUGCAUAUGCAGCUUCAUUUUGUUGAAAUAUGUUUGUUCUUUGAAAACAUUAUCAGUUUAUAUUGUUUUAAUUUAUGCUGACUUGCUUCAAGCAUAGCAUAUUUUUUCUCUUUAACAUAGUCCAUUUUGUUUGAUAGCGGAUACAGUCUUGUUGUGUGUCUGAUAUGAGUUAUGUUUUUCAGUACUUCUGGACUUGACCUUUAACCUCACAUCAUGCAGCUAAUGGCCAAAUACAUUGAAAUACUACCUUAUAUUAUCUCUUUUUUUAUCAGACAAAUAUCGCUUCUUGCUUCUUGCCACUAACUUUUUCACUGUGCUACUUAACCACUGUGGAAAAUGGACCAUUGUCCCUUCUUCAAGUAAUAUAGAGUUUGGGGUAGUUGUUUGACUGAUGGAGUUUAUGAAGGUCUUUGGCAUAUCAGAUGUUCUAACAUGGCGCACGAGCUAAUGCUGAGAGUUUUGCGUUGCCAAUUCAAAUGUAAUCUGCACUUACUUACCAAAGUUUUAGUCUUUAUUUUGAAUUAUACUGAAAUUUAAGUUCACUCCCUGUAUUGUUUGACUACUAAUUAUUAUUUGUUGAGAGACUGAGUGCAGAAUGAUUUUUUUUUCGUGUACUCACAAUAAUGGUCAACACGCUGUGUAAUACAGUAUUGGGUACCUAUAACUCUAAGUCACGUGAAAGUGUAAAUUGUGUUUCCGUACAAAACCAAUCACUCCCAACAUCUUCUACACAGAAAAAAUUGAAUGUUUACCUUUUAUACCAAAUCAACCGACCACAUGAUGUGUCUUGCCAUAAAGCAAUUACCUCCAUUAUCCAUUGCAUCAGAAGUUUCUUAUUUUAUUAGCAGACUAUUAUUAUGAUUUUGCCCAGUAGGGGGUGCUCAUGUUGUGUAAUCAUAAUACCCAGCCUCCAGAAGGCUGUAGUCAGCCAGCUUAUACAUUCUAACUGUAUGAUAGUAACCUGUGCCUUGUUUAAACAAGGAUGGUAGAUCUGCCAAUGACCCUUGUGAUAGUUCAAUGGGAACAAAGUAGCAAUCCGUUCAGAGCUGUCUGAAGGCUCUAAAUGAGCACCUGACAACUGGCCAAAUGCUAGUGAAAAUUCGGUUUGGCUCGUAGAAAAGAACAUUUUACCAGCCACUUUGACCCCUCAAUGUGUGUUUGGCUAUUAAAAAAUGUAUAUCUACUAGCAAUUUUGGCUGGUGAUGAAAAAAAGUUAAUAUAGUUUCCUGGCUGUGUUAUUGAUGCUUGAUUGACAUUGCCACAGUGUGUCCUCGUAGUUGAGCUUGCCUUGUAGUUUGUCCCAGGUGGGAUGGUUUGCACUAACUCUCCUCCAUAUAGAUGACAUAAAUGUGCUACACAAAUAACCACUGUUAGAAGGGGAUUCGUGCAUCCAUGCUAUUCCUUAAUUAAUGAAGUAUUUCUGCUACUGCUCUAUCCCACCCUUGUGCAACUGUGGCUCCAUCAAACUGCCUCAUCAUGUCUAGUCUUGGCUUAUCUACCAUCUUUGUUUCAGCUGUACUAACUUUGCCAGCUUAUGCUCACUUGACCUCUUAGCAGUGCCUUCCAUAUACUGUACCUUGUAUCCUGGAGGUGGAACCUCAUGCAUAGCCUACUUGUAUGGACGCAGAGUUCCCUUCAAACGCAUGUAUUCUAGGAUAGACCAAUAAACAAACAUGAUAUUUCCAUAUUUUUGUGUCUAGAUAUAUGUUAUUAUUACAUUGAUGUUACCCCAUUUUUAAUAUCAUCUACCCCAUUUUAAUAUCAUUUAAUAGCGUAACUCCUUGUGGGUUGUUUUAUCAUAUCCAGUUUGAGGUUGUGGCCAUCAGGAGGGUUUUCUCUCUUUGCACCUUUCCUCUUUGCUGCAAUAAUUUGCUUUGACAAACAGCUCUCUCCAAUCUUGAAUUGUAAUGAAUCUGUGAGGUCAUUGUAUAAUUGUAUCAUGAUAAAAUGUAGAGAAUCUUUUAUUUUUUAUUUUUUAUUAGACUGCACUGUUACAAUCUCAGAGCUUACCAAACCUACAGAGUUGCAUGGAAGUUUGAACAGCCGACUGCGGCCACCAUAUUGAAAAAAAAAGAUGAUUUCUAAAUAAUGCAUAAAUAAAUAAAUAAAUGAAAUGCUGCAAAGCAGGGAAUAGUUUCCACUUAAAUCCUGUUUUACGUUGUGUGAAACAUUUAAAUUCAUUAAACGGGUCCAUUGACAACACCUGCCACCCCAAAAGCAUGGAAUCUGACUGUUUUGGUAAGCCACUGAUAGGAAUGUCAUGAUGAUGACUAGAGCAUGUGUUUGUGUUUAUAGUUCAUCACUUAAAACGUGUAAACCUGUAGUGCCAUUUUUAUGUCAGUGUCAAUAGAUGUAUGAUGUAUUCUUAUACAAUACAAUAUUCUGUCCAGUUUGA